AACAGCAUGGGGAACAGUGGCUCAGCGGUGAAGGUCUGCACUGAACACCAAGGAGGCAUCAACUGGCUCAGUUUGAGUCCAGAUGGGCAGCGGCUGCUGACAGGCAGUGAGGAUGGCACUGCACGGCUCUGGAGCACUGCAGACAGCCAGUGCCAUGGCCACUUCCAAGGGCAUGAAAGUUACAUCACCUUUUGCCACUUAGAAAAUGAGGCUGCCUUCACCUGUAGUGCAGAUCAUACAAUUAGGAAAUGGGAUGUGUUGACAGGCCAGUGUCUGGCCAUUUACCGUGGCCACACAUCAAUUGUUAACAGGAUCUUGGUUGCCAAAGACUAUCUCUUUAGUGGCUCCUAUGAUAGGACAGCCCGGUGCUGGAGUGUGGACAAAGAGAAGCAAAUCCAGGAAUUUCGUGGCCAUCGCAACUGUGUCCUGACUCUGGCUCACUACUCUUCCAAGGAUGUUCUUGAUGAGUCGGAGGAGGAGGAAGAGAAAAUGAGCACAGACCUCCUGGUGACAGGAAGCACAGACUGCACUGUUAAGGUCUGGUGGGUAUCCAGUGGUCGCUGCUAUCAGACUCUGCUGGGACACACCGGGGCUGUGUUAUGCCUCAUACUUGAUGCGCCAAACAGGGAGCUGUUUUCUGGCAGCACAGAUUACACUAUCCGAACGUGGAAUAUUGUGACUGGCGAGCAGUUAAAAGUGUUCAAGGAGCAUCAAGGAUCAGUUAUUUGCCUAGAGCUAGUGAAUCGGCACUUGUAUUCGGGGAGUGCGGACCGGACAGUGAAGUGCUGGUUAGUAGACACUGGGGAGCGAAUCCAAACAUACAAGGCUCACAGACACAGCGUUAGCACUUUGAAAUACCAUGCUGGGAUCUUGUUUACAGGAAGCGGUGAUGCCUGCGCCCGCGCUUUCAAUUCCAAGACGGGUGUCCUGCAGAAGAUCUUCCGAGGACACAAGUUCAUCAUAAACUGCAUUCAGAUUCACAAUGAGUUAUUGUACACAGCUUCCCACGAUGGCACGCUAAGGAUCUGGGACAUACGAGGAAUCUGCAAGCGGAACAAGAGGCGGCUGAAGAAGGAGAGGUCUGUCCAGGUCAGGAGCUCCCAGAAGGGCAGUCUGUCGCGCCUCUUCAACAACAAAGUUGGCUGCAUGGUGCAGCAGGAGAAUGGAGAGUGCGAGGCCGUUGAACUGGUGUGACUGCCUGUCUGGCCAUGACCAAAGCUGACAUAUUUCCUUCCUGUGCCACUGGGUGCAGAUGAGCCAGACCUUGGAAAGGGGGUGGGGGUGGGAGAUAAACUUGCCUGCUGUGGUCCGGCAGGAGCUGAGCUUCUUUGUGACUGUGAAGCAGACUCCGCUCAGGCUGCCUCUUACUGAUGACUCGCAGCAUCUCUGUGUAUCUCAGCGCAAACUAAAACAGCCUGAAUGACCGGUCGGCCCUGGGGCAGCAUUGGGGUUGGGAGCUAUUGCUGAGCAGGGCCCAGGUUAUCCACCUUCCCCUGUAUUUUGAGUGUAAUUAUGACUUGUAUUUGCCUGCUCUCAAUUCCAGUUCCACCCCACUGCAGCCUGACUGCUACGUGCUAAGAGAGAUGCUGCAAGGCAGUGAGCGGAUACAUUUUCUCCUCCUGUCUUGGCUGCUUGUUCUCCCAUGCCACUGUUCAGCCGAAUGUCUAAGUGAAAGCUGCCUUGCAGAUGGCUCUGAAUUCAAUUUUCUCAGCUUGCUUUGGGAUUCAUCCUGCUGUGACUCAGACAAAGAGAACGUGGCUGAAGCCCGGAGCAGCAUUCAUCCCUCUCAGGGGCUUUAACUUGAAGAACUGAGAAGGGGGCUUUUAAAAAGCAGCCAGCCAGCCACUAACCAGCAUCUAAGGCCUAAUCUUGAAUCAGACCUGAACAUCUUCAGAAGCACGGCAAAUUACCCUCUUCCCAGCAAGCUAAGAGAUUCAACUGGGCCAUUACUUUUAAGCAUCCCAACACCCUUCACAGGGCAGCAGCGGGGGCCUCCACUUUCUGCAGUGCUAGGAGGAGUGUGUAGUACUAGCAUCUCCCCACCUCCACACAGCUCUGGAGGGAUGCAGAGCAACAUGUGGCUUCCAUGGGGGGGCCUUGUCCCUGCUUUGUGGGAGGUGAAAAGAGAGGUUUCAUGGCAAGACUUUGUUCCCAGUGUGAAAUAGUGGGGAUUUGAGCAAAUGCAGCCCACCAGCAUGUGUGCAUGGGACCCCAUCUGUCUUCUCUGUUAGGCCUGGGUCACAAUCUCCUUCCAAAGCCCUUGCAUCUCUCAGAAGUGCUGCACGUGCCCAGACUCGGGCUGCAGGAAUGGGAAUCAGGGUGCAGGCAUAUGAGUAAUUUACCGCAGAGCAAAAAUGGGCGGGGAUUUAUUGCACAUCAGGUGAGUUGCAAUAGGCAUCCACAUGCACCAUAUUCUUACACCGUGAUAAAGGGAAGUUAAAUUGUGGUAACUUACCCCCCUUUCAUCCAAGGCAAAACUGCAGGGGCUUUGCUUCCACACACCACUUGCUUGUGAGCAGUUACUGCAGAGGAGCUGAAGCCCUGCUCUUUUCUACGCUGUGAUAAGUUGUUCCUAUGUGGAUACCCCUGGGCAGUAUCCUAGGACCAGUAGUGUCUUUAGGCUUGGCUAAGCACUUACCUAGGGGUGCUUCUCUCAGGCUUUUCCAGAUUUGUUCUUCCUGAUAACCACUGAGCCAUGAAUAUACAAGUGUCCUUAUUGUUGCAGAUAUAACACACUUUGUAGAAUCAGUGAAAUGACUAGUUAGCCGUGUGUGUUUUAUUUUUGUGGCUUUAUUUAUUCCGUCCUGUGGCAAGAUUAAAAUGCUGUAAUACUUUUUUAUGAUUGAGUAAUAAAC